ACCUGUUGACUUAAGGACAAAACGCAACCUCCGUAAAACAUAACCACCAUGGCUCGCCGCUCUGCACCUCCUGGAUCUGGCCCGGCAUACAUGGCACCUCACGGUGCAGUACGGAUAGGCGGACGACCCCAUCAUGACCCCGACGAAUCUGCUUUUUCGCGCUUCAUGCGCGAGCAAAUUUUCGCACCAGAAAAGUUGCCGGGAAACAUCAAUAUUGCGACGGCCGUGAGCCUCUUCGGGUUUGGCAUAUUCGCUGUCCGUACGUGGGGCGAUCUACUUCUCCCUGCAUGAGGAGGGGGGAGGGACGAGGUCCGCCCAGGGAGGGAGAGAAAGGUGGGGAGAGGGAAGGUGGGAUGAGUGGUUCGUGUUUUUGACAUAAGGAGGCUUCCGUAACGCCAGGGAAGCUGAGCCUCAUAGAACGUCACCACCACACUGUGAACAUAUUCACGACUGACAUCGACAUACGCGGACUCCCGCUCUAUCACAAUUCAGAUCCCCGUAUUAUUUCAUUUGUACUUUAUACAUCAAAGACCCUAAUGCCCAUCACUACGCCGCAAGUGCGCCCUCAAAACCCCUCUCGUUCAGAUGCC